CCCAAACAUCAGUUUGUCCAGUCCAUGUUUCGUUGGCCUGUCGUCUCUCAGGACCAGAGAAGCAUCCGCUUGGCUUGUUACGCCAGUCUUAUUUUAGCCAGGAACGAGUAAAACGACGAAAGUAUCAGGUAAUCAGCUGUGAUGGGAACAGAUACAGAGUGCUCAGGACGAUGGAACCAUAUCAGACGUCUAUUAGAGAGAGGAGGACCAUUUGCACAUCCAGAUUUUGAACCUAGUUCUGAUAACUUAACAUUCAUCCAAGAAACCUGUCGCAUUCUCGUGAUUGGUGCUGGUGGACUGGGUUGUGAAUUACUAAAAAACUUGGCUUUGCUUGGCUUCCGUGAUGUCCACGUCAUUGAUAUGGAUACAAUUGACGUCUCAAAUCUAAAUCGGCAGUUUCUUUUUCGGCCAAAAGAUGUGGGAAGCUCUAAGGCUGAUGUUGCAGCAAGGUUCAUCAACACUCGUGUUCCAGGCUGUAAAGUGACACCACAUCAUGCCAAGAUUCAGGAUUUUGAUGAGUCAUUCUACAGAGGGUUCCAUAUAGUGGUGUGUGGAUUGGACUCAAUUGUGGCGCGGCGAUGGAUCAAUGGGAUGCUGUUCAGCCUGCUGAAGUACGAGAAUGGUGAGGUGGAUCAGACCAGUGUAAUCCCCUUGGUGGAUGGCGGAACUGAAGGUCUCAAAGGCAAUGCUCGUGUCAUUCUGCCUGGCAUCACAGCCUGCAUAGAGUGCACACUAGACCUUUAUCCACCUCAGAUUAACUUCCCAUUGUGUACCAUUGCACAUACACCACGUCUUCCAGAGCACUGCAUUGAGUAUGCCCGCAUUUUACUAUGGCCAAAAGAAGAGCCAUUUGGAGCAGGUGUGGCCAUUGAUGGUGACAAUCCGUUGCAUGUCAGUUGGAUCAUGAAAAAGGCAGAGGAGAGAGCAGAAGAGUAUGGAAUAACUGGCAUCACAUACCGACUUACUCAAGGUGUGGUGAAGAGAAUUAUACCAGCUGUAGCAUCUACCAAUGCUGUGAUUGCAGCGGCUUGUGCUACAGAGGUCUUCAAGCUGGCCACAAGUUGUUGUCAGCCGCUGAACAACUACAUGAACUUCAAUGACAUAGAGGGUGUAUACACUUACACAUUUGAGGCACAGAAACGGGAGGAUUGUCUAGGUGUUCUUCAGCCCCAAGCAUUGUGCUUCUGCGAGGAGGACAAGCUACAGGAUGUCAUCACAUACUUAACAGAGAGCACUGUCUACCAGAUGAAAUCCCCAGGCAUUACUACGUCCAUAGAUGGCAAAAACCGCACCUUGUAUAUGCAGACAGUAAAAUCCAUUGAAGAGAAAACACGUGGUAACCUUAAGAAGACACUUAAAGAAUUGGGUCUAACCAGUGGUCAGGAGCUGUACGUAGCUGACAUCACAACACCUAGUUCCUUGAUAUUCCGUCUGGCACUUAGCACUUCUAUGGACACCAGUGCUGAGAAUUCACUAAAUGCUGCCAACUAAGAGAAUAGGGUGGUGACUGUUGAUGGAAGUUUGGAGAUGAAUUCUGUUUACAUAUAUAUAUAAAAAAAAAAAAAACAAAAAGCCAGCAAAAUUAGGGCAUUGGUGAGCUGUUGUGGAUGGGAAUGCUGUGUUUUGCAAGCUUUGUAUGAAUAGAUGGUGGCUGAUUGCCCCUGAUGUCUGAUCAUAAAGUCAACACUGUACUAAAUGUCAGAAACAGCUAUUUUACAUCUGAUAUUGGGUUCGCAUCACCCGUCAAGCUAAGGAAAUCUCUUCCUGAAUCUUGUGAUUUCUCUGAACCAAGUCAGUUGUGUGAAAGGAUGGAGCAUCAAAGCCAAAGCAAAUUGUUUCGCAAAGAGUUAUUACAAACCUGCAUCUGAAUUGUCAGAUUGAAACUAUGUUCCACUUUGCUUAUAGUUAACUAUUCCUAAAUAUUUUUUAUGUGACUAUGUUCAUUAAAUGAAGGACAUAUU